AUGUCCGCAAGGAACCACAGGGCACGAAUAAAACGUGGACCCGACAUCAGCCUCACAUGUCGUCGGCGUCACCUGAAAUGUGACGAGGAGAAACCCAUCUGCGCUCGUUGCCGGAGAGCAUCAAGAGAAUGCAAGCAGGACAAUGCUCUGACGUUUCGGAGUAGUCAGCGAGUGGCAGCAAGAGGAAUAGUACAGCCCUUCAGAAUUGAGAAUGGCAACGGAGCUAUUGGCAAAGGUGACGAAGGCCUCAAUAUCUUUGCAAAGGACCACCGCUGGGUCAAGACGCCUGCUACCCUGUCCUUCAUUGAUGAAACUCCAAACGUGACGGCCGAUUAUAGGCACAGGCAGAUGUUGGAGUACGGGCUCAGCAAUAACAACGACAACAACCCUUCACCUCCAGAAAAGGAGAUCGAACCCCAGUCUCCCCACGAACCACGUGACCUUCCUCAAAGCUCGCCAUUCAAUGUAUCACCGUCUGUCGUGAAUCAUGACAUUCCGCAUGUACCGCAACAUUCAUUUGCAAUCAUAGGAAGCUCUCGACAUGGAUCUUUUGGCAGCGUUGACGUCGAACCUUUUGAUGACGGUUCUGAUCUUGGUAAUCUCAUCAUCUCGCCAGACAGUGCAACAACUAACUUCCUGCCCGCCAUUACUCUACCCAUUUCACCCUCCACGAUCCAAACCACUGCAGUUGAUGUCAGCGCCGCUCUGUCAGUAAGCCCUCGGGGCGAUGUCGUCUCACCAGCGGAACGCUCAAGGAGCGAAAGUCAUCUAAAGCUCUACGGAAAAAGGAUGCAAUUGCCGUUUGCAAAUCAUCAGGAGGCGCUUUUAUUUCAGCAUUAUACCGAGAAGUUAGCACAGAUGCUUGACGUUACAGACAGGCAUCGACAUUUUGAGUUGGACAUUCCGGAACGGGCGUUCAGCUGCCCUGUUCUGUUCAAUGCUAUUAUGGCCUUUGCGGCUCGCCAUCUUAGUCGAACAUCGGAUUUGAACUCCGUGAUCGCUGAUCACUACCACCACGAGUGUAUUUCGUUGCUUAUACCAAUGCUGGAUACAAAGGAGCUUGUGGCGGAUGAAACUCUCUUCGCGGCCGCCGUGAUUCUAAGAGCAUUCGAAGAAACAAACGAAUCAAAAAUGGGCCAGGAGCCGGAACACCAUCUGACAGGCACCUCUGUGUUUGCGAACGCUCAGCUAGAGUUUCACACUUGGGGAGGACUCGGCUACGCUGCAUUUUGGAAGUUUAUCAGACAGGAUAUCUAUCUUUCAAUCCUCAGCCAGCAGCCAUUGAAGGUCAAUCUUCAUGGUUGGGCGCAGCAGCUGUCUUUCGACCUAUCCUUUGGCCCGGCCGAUGACUGUACGUGGGCAAAUCGUAUGAUCUGGAUUGUUGCAGAGAUUGUAGUAUUUUGCUUUGGUGAUAAGAAUGCCUCGUCUUGGAACAAAUCGUUAAUGAAGACUUUAAGGUGGAAUCUUUGCAGGCCGAAGACUUUCGACCCAAUCCUUUAUAUCGAUCGCGAUGUGAAGGCUAAACGAUAUUUUCCCGAGAUAAAGCUGGCACAUUCCUGGCAUGUCACAGGGAUGCAGUAUUACUACAUUGCCAAACUCUUCCUUGCUAUAUAUAACCCUAACAUCCCUAAGAUAGGCCUCGGAUACCAACGCCAGCGACAAGCAGUAUUAGAUGAGGUAUUCCAGAAUGCGGAAGCGGUCUGCGGCAUUGCGUUAUCCUCAUCGCUGUCCAACGCCCGGUUGACAGCCUGUACGGCAAUCAUGGCAGCCGGGCCAUGGUUUCGCAACCGGCCGUAUGAAGAACAAGAACUUCUUCUCCAAUUACUUGGUCGUGCACAGAAAGAGAAUGCGUGGCCUACAGAGGCUUUGGCUCAGGGUCUGAUGGAAGAAUGGGGAUGGCCAUGCUCGUCGGAAGAUAAGUAGCAGAUUGCCACCGGUGCCCCCAUUGGUUUAAAAUAGCUGUAUAUGCGUAUUUUACUUCCUACGCAUGUGAGUAGGUUAUGGCGUUACUUUAAUCAGGG